CGCCAGCCAGCCGCACAGACAUGGAGGCUCCGCGCUCUUCCGUCUGCAAGGUGGAGAAGUGCUGCAUGCUGCUCGCGAUGCUGCUGCUUCUGCUGCUGGCCCAGCAGACGAGCGGUCGGCCCAGCUACCAGGCAGAGUUCCCGCCCGACGACAUCGACUACUGCAAGAUGAACGACGAGAUCAAUGUGGUGUGCCAGCGGUGCGCCAAGAUGACACAGUCGAAACUGGUGAUUCCGAUGUGCUGCAGCAACGAGGAGCAGGUGCUGGAUUGGUGCGAAAGAUACAUCAACUACGGCAUCCAGGGCCGGUAGGGGGCCCCUCCGCGCUGCCCGCAGACGUCACAUCCGCGAAACCUUCAGGACACACUCCCCCUGCUCUACAGUUCGCGCACCAAUACUUCGGCUGCGAGACCACAGCAGGGCCUCUCGCGACCAGUGCCUUCACUACUGAUCUGCUGGCACAGCACGCGCAUUAUUUCACUCAGGAAUCUCAAUUAAAUUUCUUCAGGGAAACACUAAUGGUGCUAUGAGUACUUGUAUUUCACAAAGAAGAAUUUUAUCAUAAAUUUUCUCUCCUUUAUAAAAAAUUAUUUUAUGAAUGAGAAAAAAUAUUGAACACUGUUGCCAAAAUUAUUUCCUAAAGAUUAUAUUUUCAGGAAAAAAUUAAUUUAUGCUAUUAGCCUUUUUUUUUAAAUUCAGUCUUAUUUUAAUUUAAUUGUUUAAUAUAUUUAGACUGUGUUUUAACAUGUGAUAAUCUUUACCAAUAUAUGUUUCUUAUUUUUGAUCAAAAGCUUUAUACCAAAAUAGAAGUAAUUUAAAAUAUAUAUAUAGUAUAUAUAUAAAGAAUGUACCUAUUUAACUAAGGUAAAAUUAUGUAUAGUGAUACUUAUUUAUGUGGUGGUGAUAUUUAUCUCUGUAUAGUAAAUUAAGUAAGUAGUGCUCAGCAUGAAGUCUAAAAGUUGCUUUACUAUAGCUAAAUAUUUUUUUUUCAUUUAAAAAUAGUUUGUCUUAAUAUAUAUUCAUUUCAAAAAUAAUAUAUUAAUAUAUAGUUAUUUGAAAAUUAUUGUUUAUUGCAUAAGCCAAAUAGUAAGCAUAUCAGAUGUUAGUUCAAAAUUUUAUUUGUUAGUUGUACUUAAUUUUCAAAAGUGUAUCUACAACCAUUCAAACCACUAAACAUAUGAUUUAUGCAAAAAUUUAGUCACUAAAAUGCAAGCAAAUUUUUUAAACUGUACACACGCUCCAUUCUGCGACAUUAUGCACUGAUAUUCUUUUACCACUUUGAACUUCUAAGAUGACCAGGUUUGCCAUUUUCAUAUUCAUGUUACAAUUCUUUGUUGAGUCUGGGUCUGCCAGUCCUUGAAUCAUGUGACAAUUGUUCUAUACAACGUUAUAUAUAGAACUAGAAAGCCUUACCUGACCGACUACAACAGGAAAUUAAAGGUUGCAAACUUGCCUCAACAUAGAAGUUAAAUAAGCAGAGAACUGAAUCAAAAAUACUUUGGGAAAACACAAUAUAACAUUCAUUAUUGAAAAUUAGGUACAUGAAAAUGAUUAUAAGCUCAUGACACUGUAAAAAUUCUUUGAAUUGUUGUUUACUUUCAGGGUUCUGUAAGAUAGCCCCUGCAAUACAACCAGUCAGUCAAAUGUGCCUCUGCUAAAAAUGUGCAAAUCAUUUAAGAGAUUCUUUAACCAAAGAGCACAAUCAAUAUUUGUAUUGCAAAUUUUAUGAUAUUUUAUUUAUAAAUAUUUUACUCUUAUUUUUCAAAAAAAGUUACCACAAUAAACAUAUGUAAAGUGGAAUUAUUUUUAAGUAAUGCAAUGCAUGAGCACUACUUUCUUUUCCCACGGGCUGUGAAAAAAUUUCCUCAUAUACUUAAUUACAAUAUUUAUGCAAGACAUUUAACAAUAAUUAUAUAUGAAAAGCAAACACAAACUAUUUUCUUUUACCAAGGGCUGUGAUAAAAAUGUUUUUACAAUUUUAUAGUUUUACUAUAUGUACAAGAAAUUGGAGAUUAAAAUUUGCAUAGCAAAAAC